AUGGAGACUGUUAAGAACGCCGCCAACUACGUCGCUGAGACUGUCCAGGGAACUGGUGCCACCGCUUCCAAGGAGGCCAACAAGAACGUCGCUAAGGACAACGAUGCCAACGUCACCACCCGUGCCUCGGCCGCCAAGGAUGCCAUCAGUGACAAGUUCGAUGAGUCCAAGCACGACACCAAGGCUGAUGUCCACAAGGAGGCUGCUAAGCACUAA